CGUCGACGGGCUGAAUGAGAAAAACGAGACUGAGAAAAUACAUCGCACACAGAAAAUAUAUACGACCAGCGCAAUUUAGUAGUCGGUAAACAACGUACGAGUGUUGAUGCUUUGUGUUAUUGGCAGUUGUGGCUUCGAUUGCAGCACCGUUUUGUAUCUGGUAUACCUAUCAACAAAUUGACUUUUGCCGAUCGAAUGGAGUUGGCGAACCGCGAUAACGAAUACACAAAUUUACGUAUUUGCAACCGAUAUCGAAUGGUAUUGCGUGCCCAACAAUUUAAAGCGAAGAGAGCUAACCGAGUCGACCCCAGAGCGGCGAUGUGAGAGAACGCGCCGAAUUAAAUGUAACAAACAAACAGAGCGAAAAAAAGUCGGCAAAGAACCCGAAAUAAAACAACAACAACAACAACGAAAUACAUCGCAUAAACCAAAGGCAUUUAUUCAAAAUCAUUUCGAAGUAUCGAAAGAGUCACACACGUUCGAAUAUCUGCUUUUCGCAAAUGUUGAGCGUCAACAAUGCUUAAGUGUGUCCAAACAUAACAACAAACAAAACCGUGUGCGGCGUUCAACAUUUUGUGCUGUGUAGUUUUUUUUUUGCAUUUUUUUUUUUGGUUUUUAUUCGGCUGUUUUAUAUUUCGUUUUUCGGUUGUGUAUCUUUUCUCCCUCUCCCGUGUGUAAUGUACAAUUUUUGUUUUUCUAUGUAAACGAAUUCAUGUGCCAAAUCAUUCGCAGUGCUUUCAGUGGGUUAUUGUUGCUGUUGAUAGUGUGCUGUUGGUUUUUUGUAUGUGUUAUUCCUUUCGCGAUGGUAACAUUUUGCGAGUGAGCAAGACAGCCAACCGUGUAACUUAUGUGUUUGUGUCACUUUUUCGUAUGAGAGAGUAAACAUUUGAAUAUUUUGGUAUGCGUAUAUUAAUGCAACGCUAAACACUUGCAAAAACACAUACAGUGAGCGAACCAUCGAGAGAGCGAGCGAACGAGCGAACAAGCAAAGCAAACGAGCGAACCGAAGCUUUGCAUGGCAUACACAGCGAGAGAUAGUGAUACAGACGCUGCGACUGCAUGAGCGAGAGAAAAACGGUCCAGUUCGUAUGAAGUUUAUUUUGGUUGGGUGUGAAACGUGCGGUAAUCAACAUAGGAAAUUUGUGAAAUGAAAAAGCGACUCGAAAUCAAAAGCAGCAGAACAACACAGUUUGAAAAUGAUCAACAACAACGAGAGAAAGCGACAAAAAAACAUACCGUAAAAAUAUAUAAAAACAACAACAACGAAGAUACAUACAAUUGAAUAACAUUUAAUUGAAUUUUCAAUUUUUGAUUCUGUGGCGCGCACAUGAGAGCCUCAUGUCUCUCAAUACGUGCAUCUAGCAACUAAAGAGUUUUUUUUUAUAUUAUUAAUUGCUUACACUGCGCCAUCGAUACCAUUAAAUAUCAGUUUUUGUUCAUUUCGGCAAAUGUUCUUUUUUUCGGGCUCCCCUUGCAUUUGUAACUGUUUUGACUCUUUUUCAUGCAACGAAUGAAUAACAAAUAUCAGUUGAAAUUAAUAAUAAUGGGACGCUAUGAAUAAGAGAUUACAAUGUGCUUGUGCGUGACUAUUUAUUCUUCACCAUUUCAAUGACAAUCGCAACGCGCUCGCGCGCCCUCACACUCCCAUACAACACACGUUACGGAGCUUACAAGCAACUAAAAAACUGAAAAAGAAAAAUGAGCCAUAAAUCACAUUGAAAAUAACUCGUGACGCUCACAUAGGUGUGUAGAUGAAGUGCAUCAAGAAUUGUAUUUGCCCAAGUGAUUAAAACGUGCGUUCAAAAAAAAUCACUGCACUGAAAAACGUAGCAAAAGACGAAUUCAUAAAUAGACGAAAAGUUUCCGCGAGACACAAAUUCCACCGGGACACCGACGAAUAAAGAAGAGCUAGCAGCAGCAGCAGCCGUUGCCACCAGCCAGCCAACCGACAUACAUAUAUAGAUAGACAGACAGACACACAGAGAGAGAACAUCACUUCAACGGAGCAAUAAUGGUGCACGAAAAUUCGAAUAUCUGUUUCGCGGCAACAGCGGCUUAUUCGACAGCAUCACCGAACACUGUAAAUAAGAAUGUCUACGCCAAAGCCAUUUAUGAUAAUAUAGCUGAGAGUCCUGAUGAAUUAGCAUUUAAGCGUGGCGAUUUGUUAACUGUCAUCGAACAAGACACAGAUGGCCUGGAAGGAUGGUGGCUGUGCACGUUGAGAGGCAGACAGGGCAUUUGUCCAGGAAAUCGAUUAAAAAUAAUUUCGUACGAGGCCACUUGCUAUAAACCAUCGCCAGUAUCAUCUCCAUGUCCAUCGAUACCAAGCAUUUACUACAAUAAUUCAAUUUUAUCGUCCGCUGAUAGCAUCCUGUACGAGAACACAGUUGACUUUGGUGCCACUACUUCGCCAAACCAUCAAAAACUGCAGGGAAAGCGUAGAUCAUGGCAUAUAAUGCCGAACAAGGUUGUAACACCGCAAAAGUGUGGCGACGUGUAUUUAUAUGAUCUCUUGCCGAAAACACCGAACCGUUUAAGCAGUCCGUACCAAAAUUUAUCGACAAUGUCUGAUUCGGAAACGUAUGACACGCCACGGCCCACACAAAGCAUGAACUAUGAUUCACCGCGUCCCUGGAGUCGAACAUCACAGUUAAGUGGCCGUUUGGAGGAGUCUUACGAUGUGCCACGGUCAGUAUCGAUGCUGUCACAGAACAUGCUUGGUGUCACACCAAGCAGCUCGAAUUCGUCGUUGUUAUUAACACCAGACAGCCACAGUAUGUCGUCGUCCAAUCGUUCGUCAUUGGCCAAUAUGCCCGACUAUGAUAUACCGCGUCGGUUCCCUGGUGCUAUUCGACCAGGUAGCUCAUUGACGCCCACAUCAUCGCUUCAUUUCCAAAGUACUUAUGACAUUCCCGUUUCGAAUCAACCAAAAGUGGUCGCGAUCAAAGAGCUGCCAUUGGAAUUGUCGUCAGCCCUAGAAACUCUUGCCAAAUUAGAAAGCGAAGCAACGGGAGCCAUAAACAAAUUGCUCGGAUUCGUAUCGCCACAUUGGCGCACCAAAGAGAAAUUAGAACCAAUGAUUAUGGAUAUAAAGUUGGCAGCUGUGCGCUUGCGAACGGUGUUACACGAUUUGGCCGAGUUUGGUGAGGGUGCAUUGGGCAAUGCAUCGAAAGCCGAUGACAAAAGGCUUGCCGUGAAAUUGCGACCAUUAGUAAAAGCACUACGAGAUGCUGAUAAACUGGUGCACGAAGUUUUGCAAAACAUCGAUUUGCACGGAUGGACCCUGGAAACAUUGGCCAAAGAAGAUCCGAAACACAACAAACCUGGCGAUAAUUUGAAUCAAUUGAUUGCGUGUGCGCAAACAUUGACCGAAGAUGUGCGUCAAAUCACAUCGUUCAUUCAAGGAAAUGCAACGCUUCUGUUCAAACGGAGUUUAACGCAAACCAAUGGCUCGUCCAACAACAACAACAACAACAACAACAAUGGUGGGAAUCAAGCCGAAUGGCUUGAAGACUACGAUUACGUGAGUUUGGAAUCGAAAGAGCAAUCGGCCAAAACAAAUGCCGAACUACGCGAUGCAUUGCCCCAAGAUUUGCGCACCAAUUUCGAUACUGCAAUGCAAAGUGCCGAAUCGGCGGCCAUUUCGAACAGUGACAAGACUGAAUUGAAUCCCAACGAUAAAUCACUGCUCACCUACUAUGCAUCACAAACCGUAACGCACAUGAAGUAUCUAACGCAAGCCAUCGAUGCAUUCUUGCAAACCGUCGAACGAAAUCAACCACCGAAAUUUUUCCUCGCCUAUGGGAAAUUCGUUGUACUCAGCGCACACAAUCUCGUUGCUAUCGGUGAUAUUGUGCAUCGUAAUCUAUCGAAACAGGAUGUAAAACGACGCGUUUUAGAGUAUGCCGAUUCGUUGUCCGAUGCCCUGAAAACGUGCGUCACCAAAACGAAAAAAGCCGCACAACAUUUCCCAAGUGUAACGGCCGUUCAAGAAAUGGUCGAUUCCAUCGUAGAUAUCUCACAUUUGGCAUAUAAUUUAAAAAUAUCAAUGCUACAAGCAAUUAGCCAAUGAACCACUUUUUUAUACAAUCUAAAAUAUUUGUAAUAUUCCAAAGCGCGAAUAAAAUAAACGAUUAUUGUGAAUGUCUACAUUUAUACGAAAUUUUCAUAACAUAAAUGAAAUUUGUAACAUUUUUCGAAAAUACGUUCAUACAAUUGGAAAAUGGCAUAAAUACGGCUAAAUUAUUCCGUUAUAUACAAUCAUACAAAAUACACUAUGCUACUUUAAUCGAUGUGAUAAUUAAAUUUUACGAACGAAUCUAUUCGGUCGGUAUGUGGAAUGGUAGAGCGUAUAAAUUGAAUUCCAAUCGUAAGAGACAAAAAGACGGAUAAAAGCGUAAUUCAUUACGGCUAAUUGAUAUCCAUAAACGAAAGUCAUUCCCGAAACUCUUCGUCCCCCAAUACGCUUCCGUUUCAUCGAAAAAAAAAAGAAUAACAGAACGUAGUUGUAGCCAUCGCUCAAUGAAAACGAAGAAUAAAAUUUAAUUUAAGAAAUAACAGAAAUGGUUUAAUUUGAAUUGCAUUGCCAAAAAUUUCAGAAGCUAAACAUAGUUUGGGGCCGCAUAUCUACAUAUAUAUACAUGAAUUGCAUAAUACGUCCAAAACAUUUUGCAACGAGCAAACCAUCUCUGUGUGUGUCGCUGUGUCGCCCCUUUUUAAAUGGAAAAUUAUCUUGUCAGAAAAUGGAUUUUCACUACUAUUACGAAUGUAAAUAUAUAUAAAAUAUAAUUAAAAACAAA